AUGAAACCUUUAUGCGAUAACCUCAUAAACGUAGCUACAGAUCAAUAUUAUAAAAGUAUUCAAACUUCUAAUGUAACAGAAGCAAGCUCAGCUGCAGCAGUUUUUGAUUUUUUAGAAAAUCUUCAACAAAUCUCGAACGAAGCAUACCAGAAAGAAAUAAUUCGGAUGAAUGAUACAACGAAAGAAAAACUGAAAGAUGUCAAUCAAAGACAAGCGAAUUCUCUUCAAAUUAUUAAAGAUACAAGUUUAAUUUUGCCAAUUUACGCUUCAAGAGUCAAUACGAUCUACCAAACAAUGUUAUCAAGGAUAGCAUUAGGAAAAUCCAAUUCUUAUGACUUAAAACCUUUGGAACCUUUUCAUAUUGUUGAAUCUUUUUCAACAUCAUUCCAAAGCCAAAUAGAAAGCAUUGCAAGGAAAUAUCCAAAGAUAUCAACAGAUAUUUCUACAGAAAUUCCUUCAAUUAGACAAACUUUUGUUUCUGUAAUUGAUAGACUGCCAGAUUCGAUAAAUCGACAAGAUUCACUUACAGUUUUGUCAUCAUCGAUUGUUCCUUUCCAGGAUUCGUUCAUUUCUACACUUGAUAAAGAGAUGAGACAAAAAUUAUCACAAUUAUUAAAUGGAAAGUCCGAUGAUUUAUCAAUUCUUAAAGUAUUCUGUGAUGACUUAAAGACUAAAAUGCUUUCGUACGAUUCUGGACUUGUUUUGGCCUUGAAAUUUAAUAUUAUUAAAUUAGCUUCAGAUUAUCAAAGUCUCAAAAAAAGAACUGGUCAGCAAAUAUCUAUUGAAGCUAUGAAACAUUCUCCAGUCCUUUGCAAAUGCUUAGUUGAGAUUUGCAACAAAUUUUACCAGGAUGAGUCUGCAAAAGAGGUUGAAAAGAUUCUGAAUUCACUUCCACCACCAUUAUCGCCUGCGAAAGGCAGACGUUAA